GAAGUUGAAAAAAACCACACGGAUCUACUACAGCUUCCCAAUGACCUUGAAUGUGUUUCAAAGGCAGAAGGAACCAACUUUGAAGUUAUGAAGGCAGAGGCAGAUGCCCAUUUAAAGAAACUUUUGAAAAUUGAGCAUAACAUGUCAUCAAUAGAUGAUUUAAAAGCACAGUAUGGAAAAUCUAUUCAAGGCCAUAUAAACGGUUUGAAGGAACUGGAGGAGGAGCUUGCCGCCAUUAAAAAGAAGAAGGCAGAACUUGCGGACUACCUCUGUGAAGAUCGAAACAAAUUGUCAUUACAAGAUGUGUUUAACACAAUGAAAACCUUCAGGGAUUUAUUUAUCAAGGCACUAAAGGAAAACCAAGAAAGGAAGGAACAAGCUACAAAGGCAGAGAAAAGAAAGAAACUGCUUGAAGAGGAGGAAGCUAAGCGGCAAAAAGGAGAAUAUGGAAAUAUCAUUCAAAAAGGAGAUGUGAGACCAGAAGCAUGUGUCACUGAUGCCUUAUUAGUAGAUAUAAGGAAAGGCUUUCAGCUAUGGAAAACUACUAGGAACAAGUCUGAGCCAGAAAUUGUUCCCAAAACCUCACCUACUGAAACUGCUUCUGUUACUUCAGCUUCCAUUACCUGAAGUUACCAGACAGUUACAUUGUUGAAGUGCAUCACACCAGCUUGCUUCAAGGAACUAGUCUAUAUAUUAUGUG